GUGCCUAGCCACCUGCCCCAAGAGAGCAAUCUCAACCCAGCUUCUGCAGGGUGCAUUUUCAGUCCGGCCCGCACCCUGGUGAAGUUUUCACAGCUAAGGUGGCCAUGAACCCCAAGAGCAGCCGGGGCCACGGAGCAAGGGAGCUGAUGCUCCAGGCGGCCAGGACCUUGAGGGCCGACCUGAGGGGUGCGGCCACCGGGCCCUGGAGGAGUCUGACCAGGGUGCCAAAGCCUGAAGGGACAGACGAGGAGGCUACAGCUGCAGGACAUGAAAGCUUACUGCCAAUUGAGAGAAGCUUUCAGAACGCCGCGAAAAGCAAUAAUUUGGCUCUUAUGGAGAAGCUGUUUGAAAAGAAGGUUAACAUUAAUGCUGUGAACACCAUGAACCGCACGGCCCUGCACUUUGCGGUGGCGAGGAGUAAUUUAUCGGCAGUGGAUUUCUUACUGAGUCACAAAGCCCGGGUUGAUGUUGCCGACAAGCAUGGCUUGACAGUAGUUCACCUUGCAGCCUGGUCUGGAAGCUUCGAGAUCAUGCUCAUGCUAGUUAAAGCUGGAGCAGACCAGAGAGCCAAGAGCCAGGAAGGAAUGAACGCGCUCCACUUCGCAGCUCAGAACAAUAACCUGCCCAUCGUGGAUUACCUCAUUCAAGACUUGCACCUGCAGGACCUGAACCAACCCAAUGAGAGAGGAAGAAAACCAUUUCUUUUGGCAGCUGAGAGGGGCCAUGUUGAAAUGAUUGAAAAGCUUAUUUUCCUUCAACUACAUACUUCAGAAAAGGACAAGGAGGGGAACACUGCCCUGCACCUGGCUGCCAUGCAUGGCCACAGCCCAGCGGUGCAGGUGCUACUAACUCAGUGGCCGGAAGUAAAUGAGACCAAUGAGAAUGGAGAAACUCCAUUCAUGUUGGCUGUUGAAGGAGGCCAUGAAGAAUGCAGUCGAGUGCUCUUGGCAGGAGGAAGUGAUGUCAACAUUCCAAACAAACUCCACAUCAGUGCUGUGCAGGCAGCCAGCCAGAAGGGACACACAUCCCUUGUCAACUUUCUUCUCCAGGAGAACGUUGGUUUGCAGCAGCAGGAGGAACCUCAGGAGUCCCCUCUUCACGUAGCAGUUAUCAACAACCACCCUACAGUUGUCAACAGCUUAUUAAGCGCUCAGCAUGACGUUAACAUCUUGGAUCAGAGGCAGCAGACCCCUCUGCAUGUUGCCGCUGAUCUUGGAAAUGUGGAGCUGGUGGAGACACUGCUGAAGGCCGGCUGUGACCUGAAAAUCACUGACAAGCAAGGGAAGACUGCCCUGGCUUUGGCUGCCAGGAGCCACCACAGCCUCAUCGUGGAUAUGCUCAUUAAAGCCGAGAGGUACCAUGCCUGGAGAGAGGCGCACCCUGAGAGCAUUCAGGACUUGGCAGGAUGCUCUACACUGACAUUCAAGCAGGACCACAGUGUGGAGACCAGGCACAUCCGCACGCUCCUCUGGAACCUGGCCUACCGAGAUCUGAAGGAGAAGGACUGGCAGAGGCUGGCCCGCUUGUGGAACUUUUCAGAGGACCAGAUCAGAGCCAUUGAGGAGCAGUGGUCAGGAAACAAGAGCUUCCGUGAGCACGGCUACAGGGCUCUACUCAUCUGGCUGCACGGGGCCCUGAUGACACAGCCCAACCCUGCCAAGCAGCUGGAUGAGGCCUUGGUGCGUGCAGGAUUCCCAGAGUCAGCUGGAAAAAUUCGUCAGUUCAAAGGUAAAACUGACCCAAGCUCCAAGAAAUGUGUAGUCUCCUAAGCUGAAGAAACAAUUCCAAAGGCUUCCCACUCCACAUUCAGGUUGACUGUGGUUCCCGAUGGCCACAGCCACCUCCCAGCAGACUGAUUUCCUGGUCCAAAGAUGCUGCUCUUCCAGGGAUGGAGAGAACAUACCACCUUCUCACGGCUCCAGCCUCAUGCUGGAGGCAAACUGUGUGAUUUUCCUAUUUCAGUCAUUUGAUGUACGCGCAGAAGGGCAGAGCUCUGUACAAGCUUAAAACCCACAUGGAUGGUGGGAGCAGCAUGGUGGCACACACAAAAGCAGGACUAGGAGAUUCGGCUUUGACAUUGGAUAUUUGGUUGCGAGCAGGGGGCAGGUUAACAUUACUGACGUUCUAAGAUCCGUGGCUUCCUUUUCUGAUAGACAGAACGUUUCCUCCAGAGAUUGGGAGAGAGAUGAAGGGAAAAACCUGUGAUACCUGACCGCAAGCCAGUGGGACUUUGGAGAAGCUGCCUGUGGAAAUCCACACACGGCUGGCUUUACACCACACAAGUGUAGUCUAUUAUGCAGAAAAAACCAGACACACACCAGUAAUUUUUAAAUCCGUCAUGAUCUAAAUAUGGGUAAUUUUAAUUCUUGGUACUUUCUGGUACAUCUGAUUUUGCUCACAACAAUCAAGCACUGCCUUCUGUAACCUGGGAAAGUUACGAAAGGUACCAGCUUUUAUCACUGUAUACCUACCUAGAGUCCAGCUCUGACUCUCAGUCUGGAAAAGCUGGUAAGGCAAUCACAGGCAAUUCUAUUAAUUUAGUUUCAAGUAUUUUUCUUACAGUGAUUGUAAAUGGCCCAUGUAAUGCUAGGAAUGUUUAAAACAGGCAAUAUAUUCACGAGAUCCCAGAAUUUUAAAAAAAAGUAUUAAAUAAAAAGUUCCAUCCCA